UACCACCACAAACCUCUCAGAAUGGCCAACAUCCAGAACCAAAUGCAGUGAGGAUGUGGAUCAACAGGAACUCUGAUAUUAUCACGGGGAUGCAAAAUGGUACAGCAACUUUGGAAGACAGUUUGGUGGUUUUUUGCAAAACUAAAUGUACUCUUAACAUACAAUUAAGAAAUUGAAAAAAAUUAAGAAAUUGAGCUCCUUGGUAUUUACCCAAAGGAGAAAUGUGUCCACACAAAAGUCUGUACAUGGAUAUUUCUGGCAGCUUUGUUCAUAAGUGGCCAAACUUGGAAGCAACCCAGAUGCCCUUUGGUAGGUGAGUGGGUAAAUAAAUCAUGGUACAACCAGAUGAUAGAAUAUUAUUCAGUGCUAAAAAUAAGUAAGCGAUCAAGUCUUGAAAAGUCAUCUACCAAGUGAAAGAAGCCAAUAUGAAACGGCUACUCACUAAAUGAUUCCAACUAUAUGACAUCUGGAAAAGGCAAAACUGUGGAGAAAGUUAAAAAAAAAAAUCAGUGGUUUCCAGGGAUUAGGAGAGAGGGAGGGAUGCAUAGGAUUGGGGAUUUUGGGGGCAGUGGAAAACACUCUGUGAGUUAUCAUAAUAAUGGGUACAUAUCAUUUAUACCUUUGUCCAAACCCAUAGAAUACACCCCAAGACUCAACCAUAAUGUAAACUAUAGGCUUUGAGUGAUAGAGCUGCGUUAAUGUAGGUUCAUCAGUUGUACAAAUAUACCACUCUGGGGAGUGGUGUUGAUCAUAGGGGAGGCUAUGCAUGUGUAGGGGUGGGAGGUCUAUCAAAAAUCUCUGUACUGUCCUCUGAAUUUAGCUGUGAACCUAAAACGAUUCUUUGUAAAGUAUUUUUUUAAAGAGUGCUACUUAUACAAGUAAACUGUGUACUGUUAACUUCCUUGAUUCAUGAAAAAAAUACUACUGUCAAAUGAAAACUUUUCUCAAUAAUGUAUAAAUUGCAGACAUCUGAACAUACAUCCAAGGAUCACAGAUUGAGAAACAACUCUAUGAGCUUCCAACCCCAACACCAUGGAAGACUUCCUAUGGAUAUUCAUCACUGCAACAGUAAUGAUGUUCUCAAUUCUCUUUUUCAUCAGAGAAAAUCCCUUUGAUACUACAAGUUUCCUAUCUUUCGAGGAAAGGGAGAUGGUAGCUUGGCAGAGAGCCCGGAUGCAGAUCCACCCCGGUAGAACCAACCACUUGGAAACCUUCAAAAAUAUGCAGAAAAACUCAGAACUGCUCAAAAAUAUAAACUCCCAUAUCUUGAUUGGAGCUCCUCCUAUGAAAAAAAAACUGCUGACCAUAGGGAUUUCCUCAGUUCAACAUCCCCAUGGCAGCUCCCUCUUGGACACCCUGCAAUCUCUCUUCUUUGCUUCCUCCUCAUCUGAGCGGAAACACUUCAUUGUCGUAGUACACCUGGCAGAUCCUGACCCCAAGUGGCUUGGUCAAAUGAUCUCCAACAUCUCAACCUUAUUUAAACUGUAUAUCCAGGCAGGACAGCUAGUAGUGAUCAAUACACCUCUUACAAGAUAUCUUCUCUUAAACAACUUAAAGAAAAACUUUAAUGACAUCCCAGCCCAUGUAGCCUUCUACUCCAAGCAGAAAAUGGAUUAUGCCUUCCUCAUGAACUUUGCUACCAACCACUCUGACUAUUUCCUGAUGAUCGCAGAUGAUGUGAAAUGUGCUCCAGGAUUUGUCACCCAGAUAGCUACUAUAGUGUCUGCCUGGGAAAACAGACUUUGGAUGACUCUGAACUUCUCUCAGCUCGGCUUCAUUGGAAAACUCUUUCAUACUAGAGACCUUCCCCGUUUAGUUCAAUUCCUUCUCCUCUUCUGCCAAGAAAUGCCCUGUGACUACCUCCUCUCUAAUUUUUAUGACCUUCUCAUACAACAAACACCAAUCCAGUUCUUCCCUUCCCUUUUCCAGCCCAUGGGUAAUUACUCCUUUGAGGGCAAAUUCAAGAGCCUCAAAGAUAAAGAGUUUGAGGAAAAUGACCCUAGUUCUCCCAGCAACCCUGCUGCUUCCAUCUACACUAGCCUGAAAGUUGCCAAUAUCUCUGUUCUCACGAAUGCCUAUAGCUUAGAUAAGAAUUUCUUUUAUGCCAAAUCGGCUGAGGCUGGCAAUCAUCUGACUGUGAUUUUGGAUGUACCUGCCAGAGUAUCCCGAGUUCAAGUGCUGACUGGCUCUCACCUAAAAGGCAAGAAUCACCUGGAAGAGGGACAAGUAGAACUGGGCUAUGAUGCUACUAAUAGAGUCCAUGACUGUGAUGACUAUAUUCUCCUGGGGCUACUGGAAAAUGGCACCCUGAAUAAGCAGGUGUUAUCUACUGAGUCUGGGAAGAAGGUAAAAUGUGUGAGACUGCUUGUGAUAGCCACUCCACCCUCUGGAAUAAUAGUCAGGCACAUCAACCUGUGGACUAAGUGAAAUGUAAUAAUAGUGAAGAAGCCAUUGGGAGUUCUGGGAGGGAUCAGAUUGGUGGUUAGAAUUUACAGAGAUUAAAAAAUUAAAAAAAUUAAAGUCUUGAAAUUGGUCAAGGACAUCUCACUCUUGGGUCCUUUCAGGACUUAAUACAGAAACACAGCAUGUUGAAAGGCAGACUGAAGAUUAUAAACAUCCUCUUGGUCCCAGAGAGACCCAGAGGCAGGAUUCUUAACCCUUCCCUGGUUUUCUAUCCAAAAGGAUCUACCAUACCAAAUUCUUCCCCUGGGGCAAGAACACAGACUUCUAGAGACAACAGGAACAGG